CGAGAACGAAGAUAUCACAGCACCUCUCGACAGCAAUUGGCACUGACUACCGCGCACACAGUCCAAGUUCUUCUCGAGGCCGACAAGAUGUUUGCCAGGCUGCACGAGUACUUCCGGGGCAACCCCAGGUCCCCAUUGGAGACGAAGCUGGUGUUCAAGCUUGAUGUCUUUAUUCUGACAUUUUGCUGUCUGGCAUAUUUCAUGAAUUACCUUGACCGAUCCAACAUUACCCAGGCCUAUGUCUCGGGAAUGAAGGAGGACCUUAAAUUCAAGGGUGCUGAGCUCACCGUGAUCAACUCGAUCUACCAGACGGGAUAUAUGAUUGGAAUUGUCCCCAACAACUUGCUGCUCACUCGCUUUCGACCUAGAAUCUUCUUUCCAUUGAUGAUUGUUAUUUGGGCUGCUUUCACAAUGUGCACGGCUGCUGCGAAGCGUCCCGAGGACAUCAUGGUCAUCCGCUUCUUCCAGGGAUACGCCGAGUCUUGCGUGUUUGCCGGCACUCACUUCAUCCUUGGAUCGUGGUACACCGAGGAGGAGCUGGGCAAGCGCAGCGCCAUCUUCACUGGCUCUGGCCUGGCUGGUGGAAUGUUCGGUGGGCUUCUCCAGUCGGGAAUCCACAAGUCCAUGAACGGGCUGCACGGUCUUCCAGGCUGGCGCUGGUUGUUUAUUAUUGACGGCAUCAUCACUCUCCCCGUCGCUAUCUAUGGGUAUGUGUUGUUCCCCGACACUCCGGCCACAACUACGGCGCCGUACUUGUCGGCCGAGGAGAAGCAGCUGGCCAUUGCCCGCGUGCCCAUUUCGGAGGAUCCGCCAGUGUUGAACAAGGAGUUCGCCAAGACCGUCUUCAACUCGUGGUAUUUUUAUGCAUUUGCCCUUCUUUGGAUCCUUGGCAACUGCUCCGAGGCAUUCAGCUCCCAGUCUCUCCUCAACCUGUACAUGCAGGCUCACCCCACCAUCACAUACACGGUAUACCAGCUGAACAACUACCCGACGGGAGUCCAGGCGGUUGGCAUUGUCUCGACGCUCCUGUGGGCUUCAUAUACGGAUAUCUACGGGAAGCGAUGGAUCACGGGAUACUACAAUGCUAUUGUCGGCAUCGCCACGUCCAUCAUCAUCCUCGUCCCUAGCACCACAACAGCCGGCCACUUUGGGGCCUACUACUGGGCAGGGUCGAUCUACUGCUGUCAGGCGACAUUCUUUGCGUGGGCAAACGACACUCUCCGCAGCAAGCCUCCGGCAAUGAGAGCGGUUGUCAUUGGCACCAUGAACUUCUCCGGAAACCUGUUCCAGGCCUGGUGGCCGCUGAUCUUCUACCGCGCUGAUGCGGCGCCAAAGUUUACUCGCGGCAUGAUUUGCAUGAUUGUCAUUUGCAGCUUACUCGCCAUCUGGGUCACCGUUAUGGUCUGGUACGAGAGGCGGGACAAGAAGGAGCAGGCGGUUCUUGAAGGGCUGGCGAUUGCUGAUGCUGCGGAUGCGAAGGUUGCGGAUGUCGAGGUGACGGACGUCGACAAGAAGGUCUAGCGCUGAGAGCUUAGAUCCGACGCCCUGAAAUCAGGGCGUUUGGAUGUGAAGCAUUUAUCCGCCUUCGCCCGUUGUGGUCAUUUAUGUAUCUUUCGCAUGUUUCCCCA